CCAAAAAGGCAAAAAAAUGUCUUUUCGCCUUUUAACCUCAAUCAGUCGCUUUCUGAGCGAACCAUCCCACCUCCAAAUUCGCUAUUACGCGGCCCGGAAAGGCACCCGCGAACGCAAAGCGAAGAAAAAAGUCAAAAAAGAAGUAGUAGAGACCCCCAAAUUUAUUCCACACAAUGAGCGAAACAAGGAAAAGUUUUUGGCGCUGCGCCCCAAACUAAAAUACGACGAUUCGUGGAAACAGCCGCCCCCAAGUGAUGACGUGUACCAUGUCAGGUACUACCAACGCCCGGCCAUGUCUUUGGUCGAAGCCAUAAAAAACCACCGUGAGACACAUCACCCUGAUAUGUACAAUGAACCGGGGGCUUCUCUUUUGGUGCGUAUUGAGUUGAACAUGCAAGGCGAGAAAGCCACGCGUUUUGUGGACGAUUUUACUCGAAUUGUCCCCAUUCCGUUCAAAUUCGAGCACGGGGAGGAGCGCCCCAUUAUUGCGUUUGCCAAGACAGGUUCCGCGCAGAAGGAGGCCUUGAACGCGGGGGCGCAGCUUGCGGGGGGCGUCGAUUUAAUCAAACAGGUGCAAAACGGGGCUGUUUCGCUCCAAAACUUCAAAUUCGUAAUUGCACAUCCUGAUAUUUUGCCCGAGCUUGUGGCGUUAAGGGGGCUUAUGAAACGGCGCUUCCCCAACCCCAAAAUGGGGACUCUUGAUGUGGAUUUGGGGGCUGUUGCGGAGCGCUUCGUAAAUGGGAUUAGUUACACGGCGAAAAAAGAUGAAUAUGAGAAAGAUUUCGGGCUGAUUGAGACAGUUAUCGGGAGUUUGGAUAUGGAUGUGGAGCACUUGGAGGGGAAUUUUGGGGCCCUUGUGAAGGACGUGUACUCAAUGAGGCCCAAAAGACAGGGGGAUUUCAUCUCGAGGUGUCUUUUAGUGAGCCCCCCAAGUUCGGAAAAGUUCAAGGUCGAGUACAGGGGGUACGUGGAGGAGGCACCCCGGAAGGUGGUCGAUCAGGAGGAGGAGGAGGAAAAGGGGGAAAGGGUCGCCCUGUGAUUUUUUAAACAAAUUUUGUAGUUAUAUCUCAAAU